AUGGUGAGGAGGCAAGUGGACAUGGCUGUCGAAGAGAACAGUGUAGAAGUCGUAGAUGAUUUUCUCCAUUCCCUUUCCCGAUGUAAUGGUUCUUCCCUUCGGGAUUCGGAGAGCAAUCAUCUUCGUCUUGCGAUUAGUGAAGUCUCGAUGGACAUAGUGGACGCUUUUUCUCGCCUCUGCAGCUUCAGCCAGCACUUCUGCUCUUCCCUCUUCAAAGUCUUUUUUAUCGCCUCUCUGCAGAGACUUGCGAACAAGGACGGACUCUCCAUGUUGGCAUAUCAGCUCAAAAGUUUCGAGAAACAGGCCUCUUUUGGUGGUUUUAAAACUCUCAGCCUUCCUCGUGUAGUUUUAAAGGUGUUCAACGAACCGGUCGUAUUCCUCGUCAAUGUUGUCCAUUGCGGAAUCUUCCCAUAA